AUGAAUUCAAAUAGAUUGUUACUUUUUAUUAAGAUUAUUACAAUUUAUGGAAGUAUUUAUUAAAAAAUACUAUGUUGUACCAUUCAACAAAGGUCAAAAGACAAGAAGUGAUUUCAUGUUAUGGAACAACUGUCAAAUAUGACUUAUCUUUGUGAUAAGUAUACUUCAAACAAUAAAACAUUUGGGGAAUAGUGAUUAUCCAACAACUUAUGCGUCCAUAAUAGUAAAAUUAUGGAAUGAUAAUUAAGAAAAUCUAAUAGUUUAUUUUUAAUAGAAAACACAUUAUUAAUGUGAAAUAAUUAUAUAUUUUAUAAUGAACACCAUACAAAAUAUUUUCAAGGCCAAAUUGAAUAAUGUCUUUGGGAUGAUUCAUGUUAAACCAUUACCAGGUACACCGUUAUAUGGUAGAAAUAUAAAACAAAUAAUAUACUCUGCCUGCAAGGAGGCUGAAAUAUAUAUGAAAUGUGGAAUAGACGGUAUUGUCGUUGAAAAUAUGCAUGACAUACCUUAUAUGCCUGCCAAAGAAAUAGGUCCAGAAAUUGUAUCCUCAAUGACUAGAAUUUGUACAUCAGUUAGGCAAGUGGUACCUGAACAUGUUCCUUGUGGUCUCCAAAUAUUGGCUGCAGCCAAUGAAGAAGCAAUCGCUGUUGCGCAUGCAACAGACUUCCAGUUUAUUAGGGCUGAAGGUUUUGUUUUUGGCCAUGUUGCUGAUGAAGGUUACAUGGAUGCAUGUGCUGGUAAGUUAUUGAGAUAUCGCAAAUCAAUAGGAGCAGAAGAUGUGUGUAUAUUUACAGAUAUAAAAAAAAAACACAGUUCACAUGCUAUCACUCAAGAUGUAAGUCUGAUUGAAACUGCUAAAGCAGCAGAAUUUUUUCUGACCGAUGGAGUUAUAGUAACUGGUACUGCAACAGGAGAACCCGCCAAACCACACGAUGUAGUUGAAGUGAAAAAGUGUGUGACUGUUCCAGUACUUGUAGGAUCUGGUAUAACCAUUAACAAUGUACAUGAGUACAAAGGUGCUGAUGGAUUCAUAAUUGGAUCUCACUUCAAGAAAUAUGGCAUGUGGCAAAAUGAACUUAAGGAGACUGUUAUUUUAGAAUUUAUGAACUGCUUAAAAAAUAACUGAAAUAAAGAACCCCAAUUUAUUCAUUA